UGUAGGAGCUUUGGAUAGGUUGUAACGAAACAAAACCUUCCCUGCCUAAAACCUCACACACUGAAAUCCAAACCCAAAGCAGGAUGUUAUCGACGCUGCAACCUUCGCGUUCCUUUUCUCGAAUCCCUUUCUGCUUCCCUUCAUCACCCAAAUUCCGUCCUCUUCACAGCUCAACUAUCCUAUCUUCUUCCCAUCCUCUCGCCGACCAAUCCCCUCCUUCCACCUCUCCUCCCCAUUCGCAGAUUCUCACCAUCCGUCACUCUAUCCUCUCCGGUCAACUCACCGCCACCCAACUCGUCCAAUCAUACCUCACUCGCCUCCGAGCCACCGAGCCCCAACUCAACUCAUUCCUUCACGUCUCAGACGCCGUCUUGAGAGACGCCCAAGCCAUCGAUGAGAAGAUUAAGAGAAAUGAGAAUGUGGGUCCGCUGGCUGGAGUGCUUGUUGGGGUCAAGGACAACAUUUGUACGGCUGAUAUGCCCUCAACUGGCGGCUCCCGGAUCCUUGAGAACUAUCGACCGCCGUUUGAUGCGACUGCUGUGAGGAGAAUUAAGGAAAUGGGGGGAAUUGUGGUUGGGAAGACCAAUUUGGAUGAGUUUGGUAUGGGGAGCACCACUGAAUCCUCUGGUUUUCAGGUGACUGCGAAUCCUUGGGAUGUGUCUCGGGUGCCAGGAGGAUCCUCAGGAGGUUCGGCUGCAGCAGUUUCUGCUAGGCAGUGUGUAGUAUCACUUGGUAGUGAUACUGGUGGAAGUGUAAGACAGCCAGCAUCAUUUUGUGGUGUAGUUGGUCUGAAGCCGACAUAUGGGCGUGUGUCAAGAUUUGGGCUUAUGGCUUAUGCAUCAUCGCUUGAUGUCAUUGGAUGCUUUGGUUCAUCAGUCGCUGACGCCGGAAUUCUUCUUCAUGUUAUUUCUGGACAUGAUAGAUUUGAUGCUACUAGUAGUAAGCAAGAGGUGCCUGAUUUCACAUCUCAAUUCACUUCUAUAAAUUUUUCGGAAUCCAAGCCACUGAAUGGACUGAGGGUUGGAUUGAUCCGUGAAACUUUGGAUGAUGGCGUUGAUUCCGGAGUGAAAUCAGUAAUCCAGAAUGCUGCAACUCAUCUGGAAGAAUUGGGAUGUGUUGUGACAGAGGUUUCAUUGCCAUCCUUCUCUCUUGGGUUACCAGCCUACUACAUUCUUGCUUCAUCCGAAUCAUCUUCCAAUUUGUCACGUUAUGAUGGUGUCAGAUAUGGAAACCAAGCUGCUGCUGCUGAGCUAAAUGCACUUUAUGAAGAUUCCCGGGCUAAAGGAUUUGGUCCUGAGGUGAAAAUGAGAAUUUUGAUGGGAACGUAUGCCCUUUCAGCUGGAUACUAUGAUGCAUAUUACAAGCGUGCCCAGCAGGUAAGGACUUUAAUCCGGAAUAGCAUCAAAGCUGCACUUGAUCAAAAUGACAUCCUUAUUUCACCAGCAGCUCCAUCUGCUGCAUAUAAAAUUGGUGAAAAGAAAGAUGAUCCAUUGGCAAUGUAUGCAGGUGACAUUAUGACUGUAAAUGUUAAUUUAGCUGGGCUACCGGCGUUGGUUUUGCCAUGUGGAUUCGUUGAUGGAGGACCUGCAGGACUUCCCGUUGGUCUUCAGAUGAUUGGUGCAGCAUUUGAUGAGCAAAAAUUGCUUAGAGUGGGUCACAUCUUUGAGCAGACCCUGCAAGAUUGCAGAUUUGUUCCUCCGCUAAUAGCAGAAAAUGAAUCAUCACCCUUCUGAAAAUAUAGAGGAAGUAUCUCCCACUGCCUGUCAACUCCCAUUAGUAGAGGAUUAAAGAUUUAUAUGCCCCUUGGUCAUAAUAAUCUGCAAUGUUUGAUACAUUGCUCGUUUGGCCGAGCCGGAAAUUCUGUUUUCUAAAAUUAAUGGGAGAUCGUGUAUUAUUAUCUUUUGCCAAAUCUCAAAUUUAUUUAUCAAUUUUGAUGUGUAUAGCAUUUCUAACAUGAUAUUUUUGGAUUUAAUUUAGUUGAAUCCGUAUUUAGUUAGCGAA